UCUCCGAUACGCAUGCGCGCUGUGUGCCCAAGUGCUCGUGGUGGUCCCAAUCAGCCGCGGCUUCUCGCAAUGUCCAGUGCUCCUGAUGACCGUAAUGGAGGUAUUCAUAUCCAUUUCUCCACCCGGCUGUAAAUCGCGAGACUGUGACAAACGAUAAAGGGGUGGAUUAUCGGUGUAAACGAAUGUCGGGUACGUGCCUUCUCAUCGGAACAGUGUCACAUCGAGUUUCGGCUUGGAUGAUCCGUCAGAGCGCUGGUUUGGAGUGACAGAUGGCGAGUUCGACGUUGGUGUUUUGCUUGAUUAUAUUGAAGAUACAUGGAUUGGAAGCCGGCAACUGUCCUCCACAGUAUCAAAAAAUCACGAACAAGCACACAUAUUGUCUACCGCCUAAUAUCCAGUGCAGGAUUAUCAAUAAGGGGGUCACGGACAAAGAAAAGGAGGAGAUUCUAAAGGUUCACAAUGACUUCAGGACUAUGAUGGCAAGAGGACAGAAGCGGCCUUUGCCACCAGCGGGCGAUAUGAUGAGGAUGGUCUGGGACAAUGAGUUAGCCCGUGUCGCCCAGGCCCACGCGAGCCAGUGCAACUUUGCUCAUGACUGUUCAAAGUGCAGGAGAGUUCCACGAUUCAUCGUUGGCCAGAACCUCUACGUCUUUCGUACGGACGCACCCGACUGGAACGCUAACUGGACGACAGCUGUCAACAAGUGGCUCGAGGAGAUCCAAGACUUUCGGCCAGAGCAGAGGCGACCAUUCAAAUUCAGUCCCAGCACGGGACACUUUACGCAGAGCGUCUGGGCUGGAACCAUUUACAUUGGAUGCGGACGAACCAAGUACACAACAGAAGACAACAAGUUCUACAAUUCUCUGUAUGUGUGCAACUACGGCCCAAUGGGCAACGUGGCAGGCGGCAGCAUGUACAGAAGAGGCUCAGCCUGCAGCAAAUGCCCAGCAGACACCACGUGCCUCAACGGAUUGUGCCGACUCUCACUUUCAGGACUGAGCGCACGCCAUGGAGCUGUAAAAGGUGGCCGCUCAAAGAACUACAAAUGGCGCACAGUGAAAGAGCGUUUGCCCAUCACCAACAUGGUAGGUCAACCGUUCCACGCAAGUGGCAGCGUUGGACUUCUAGCUUUCGCAGACUGCCAGUGCCCGGCCGGUUUCCUUCAGAGAGAACUGCAAGACUCUGCGUUCAGGGCAAUCCAGGGCAAUUUCACUGCAUUAACCGCUUUCAUGAAAAGAGGAUGCAAGUGCGGGAGGUCAAGGUGGAAACCAAUGACGAGGACAGAAAAUUCCUUCACUGUCCCCCUUUUGAAUGGCAUCAAGACGGACCAGUCUGCGCUGGAACAUCUUCUUUUCAACGGUGGAACACUGGAGAUCUCACCCGUACUGCAAUACGGUGCCACAUGGAUAAGAGAUGAGCAGACAUGAGCUGAAUACGGCCCAAGAAGUACUUCUCUUAUUAACAUAAUUAUAUGUUGCGUUGAAUGCUAAACCAGUCCGCAUUUUGUAUUCGAUAGUAAAUAAAAAUGCCUUUUUCGAAUGUACAGGGUA